AAUGCUAUUUUGAUGGAACUUUGAUUUUCCUUCCCGCUUCCCGCCGGCUGUUGACGGUUUGGUUUUGGCACGUGCAAUUUUUUCUUUACAAUAAAUAAAACAGCGCUUCUCACCUUUUAGUUGGUUUGUCACUGAUGCUGACUGUUGGAAAAUAUUAUUUUGAUCGCUAGCAGCUUGUUAAAAUGCCGCCAUCCCCAGUACGAUACAGAGUGCCUUGGAAAGUUAAUAAGCGCUCUUCUGAACCCGAUAGAUGGCUAGACGAAAUGGGUUUUUUUCGAAAACAUACUGCUAGGGAUUCCAGCUGUCUAUUCAGAACUGUAUCUGAAAAUAUUUAUAACACUCAGCGUUAUUUCCACAAAGUGCGCAUUGACUGUGUUCAGUUCAUGUCUGCUAAAAGACACCUCUUUGAAGGGUCCUUGAAUUGUUCAUUUGAGAAUUAUCUCAAAGAGAUGUCAAAUCCGUCUGAAUGGGGUGGUCUUAUUGAAAUAUCUGCUAUGAGCCACCUGUAUAGACGUGAUUUUGUUAUAUUUGAAGCCAACAAAGGCCCUCAAACAAAAAUUUGCAAUGGUUAUGGCAAUACAAUUUACUUAUUUUAUUCUCCCGAUACAAAGCACUUUGAUGCUGUGUAUACCAAAGAAUUUAUUAACACAUCAUCAUUUUGUCAAUCACUGGUUUAUGAGAUUCUUUAUGAUGGUGUUUACAAAAUUAAAGACCUUCCUUAUGCUGUUGAUAAAAUGCUUCAUGACAAAAUUCCAUCAAAUCAUAUUGAAUACUUUAUGUCUGAAAAUGUAGAACGUAGAAAGAAACAAAAGGAUAGAGCUAAAAUUUUCAUAGAGACAAUUAGCGAUGAUGAUAAAGACAAAAAUAAUAAUGCAGUGGCUUUGAAAUGCAAGCAUCACACUGAGGAUCUCGAAAGAGGCAGCCUUUUGAAAGAGUCCCUGAGUAUUUUUGUGUUCAACCGUAGUCUUAUACAGCUUGAAAAUGUUUGCAUAAAUUGUUUGAAUGUGAAUAGCGCUAAAGACUUGCUUGAUAAUGGGAUCACACCGUUCCCAUAUAAAGUAGCAAAGGCCUUAGAUCCUGACAUUUAUCGUAAUAUUGAAUUCGAUGUCUGGAGUGAACUAAGGAGAGAGUUUCGUUAUGGAGCUAGAUAUUCUGACGGUACAACUUUACAAGUAGGUGUAAAAUGUCUUUGCAAGCUGCAAACAGAUCAGUCUGUUCCAUACCACUGUCAUAUACAAGAGAUGAGCCCGGAAGGUGGGCCUUGUCUUGUAUUCAUUGAAGAGUUGGGGGAGAAGCGUGUAGUGGGCUAUGAUCAGUUGGAACCUUUACCUAUUGAGGAGAUACGUCCCUGGGCACCGCCUUACCGUUUCUCACGUGCUAGCUCGCAGUUCUUGUCUCUCAGCCAAAUGUUACAGCAGAUAGGUAAUAUAACUAGAAAACAAGGGAUUAAAGGACGGAAUAAGAAAGGAGAUGAUAUGAAGAGUACGGAGAAAAAUUCAAUGAAGAAUAACGAAAAGAUUGAACCUCAACCCCCGUAUAUUAACCAAACCGUUGACUAUUCAGCGUACCACCACAUGGAUUUCUUUAAUUUUGAACCUAUGCCUGUUGAAGUGGAAGCAUUGCCCCUGAUGGUGGACUGUCGGCCGGCGGCGGGCGCUCCGCCCCACGAGAUGCAUGCCGCUCAGCCUCACAACGGAGCUCCUCAUGAUAAUCAUCAAGGCGCAGGCAGCGGUGCUGGCGACAUGGCGGGCCCGGCCGGAGCUUCGCCCGCUGUGCGUGUGUCUACGCCCGCGCCUGCACCUGUGCCGCCGGCUCAUAACGCGUUGCCCGCUUACACCGGUGGUAUGAACCAGUGUGGGUCGGUGCCGUGCCCGAUGGGCGGGCCACCAUUACCACCGAUGCCGGGGAUGCCGUUCGUGGCCGGUGUGCCUGGUGUGGGCGGCGUGCCCGGCGUGGGCGGGUACUGCGCGCCAUACUGCAAGCAGCUGAUGUGGUACUCGCCUCAGGGCCACGUGCCGCCUCCUCCGCCGCCAGGAGUCAAUCUGAACGUCGGCCGCAGCCUCCAGCCCAAUGGAUCUGAUCUACCAAUGAAUGGUACCGAAUAUGACAUGGUGACGCUGCGUUACUACUUCAACCUGGGUGUGGAGUGCAUGUGGGCGGCGUACGGCUGCCCGCCGCAGCUGCCCCAGCCCCCGCGACAGUACUCCAGCCGCGAUCUAGCACAAGAUAUGCAGCAAGUGUCGCUACACGAUCGCCAAGGCAUGAACCAGUCCGGCGAGGGCAACCACAAGUACAAGAGCCCGCCUAACGACAAGGCGCAACUCAAUAACCAGGGGAAAGGCAACGGACAGCGGCCGCUGCUGGGACCCAGGUUCAAGCGCGGUGGCAACCACCAGGACGGUGGCAACCAGAACAACAACCACAACCAGAACAAGGGGCAUAACAAUAACAUGCCCAACAAGGGAUCCAACAAUCGGCGCAACUCUCACAACGAGCGGGGCGGUGCGCCGCAGCUGUACGGCGGUGCGGUGGGCGCGGUGGGCGCGGUGGGUGCGGGGGGCGCGGAGGGCGAGUGCGUGCUGGAGCCGCCGCUGCUGAGCGUGCCCUACUGCCAGUACCCGCCCCCGCUCUACCCCAUGCCGUACUACCCCAUGGAGGACCCAGCGAUGAUGGGCAUGAUGGGCGGCAUGGGUUACGUGGGCUACGACGACGGCUUGGAGUACGGACCCCCCGUGCAACACUACUACGCCGCGCCCCACUACCCGCCGCCCGCCGCGCUGCCC